AUGGAACAACCCGACUCUGAUUUAUCAACAGCAGACGAGGCGCAACCCCAGAGACAACGCAGGCAACGCAACCUGGAGGCGUCUCGAACCAGGAUACAAGUGCGUCGAGGUACUCACCGGCCACUACCUAACUCUGGAACUUUCCCCCCAGAUACAGACGAUGAAGGGGAGAUCUUCUUUAAUCCAGCCCAAACUGAAAGUCAAGGUCAAUACCGCGCUUACUGUAUUGCCAAGGCAAGGUGCAGGCUUUGCCAAAUCGCCGUGCAAGAUGGAGAUUUGCUUGUGGCAUAUCUUGGAUAUGGCAUCACUUCGCCUUGGUUUACAUUUGUGAACAACGGAGACUGCCACGACGAUGACCGCAAGAUCACUUUGCACAUGACUUUGGCUGAUCAUCCCUUUGGCCACCCCUAUAUCAACAAGAUAUUACAGCCACUUCCAGCAAUAUGCUUCCACCUCGACUGCCAUCAAGCCCGUGGUCCUUGGAACCACGAACAAGGGCCUUUUUUGGCCGCCACGAGAUAUGUCUUCCGGCCCAGUCUGUCUGAAGAGCGCCGUCGCCUUGAGUACUAUCGAUCUAAACUUGUAAAAGGCUUGCAGUCAUCUCUUGGUGGACAUGGGCAGCACCGACAGUUUUUAGAGCUUCCUCUUGAGAUCUGUCUCAAUAUUGCCAGCUUCUUGGAUCGACAUUUUGCCAUGGUGGCAAGCACGUUUGCUUGGAAGCAGACCUCCGACACAACGGUUAACUUGGCUUUGCCGUUGUACGCUUCAUAUUUCAAGAUGGACGGGCGACAUUAUAUUCGGGAGCUUCGCAACAAAUCAGAUGAAGUCGCUGGCGGUAAAGCGAAUGAAAGGCUUGUUGUACCUCCCAUCAGGGGAGACCCAAAUGAUUCGAACCAUGGAGACAUUCUGAUUGCUGUGGAUCAUCUUGGUGUUCGACAAAUCUUCUUCGUUCCUCCUGGGCAGCGGUCUAAUUGGCAAAAAAAGCAUCCUGAAGUUCCUGGUGCUUGGUGGAUGCAUAUUGCAAGACCUACCAGAGAUACAUAUUGGAGUAGCCGCACUGAUGGACUCAAAGUUCGGAAACUGAAACCUCCUCGGGAUAUCGAGAGGGAUAGAAUGCCAGUGGUUUACUGGAAAGAUCCAGUCAUUCAAAUACCGAGCAUGAUCAAUUUGCCCUCGCGGCAAACAUGGCCCUCAGAAAACUCACCUCCUUCAAUCAUUCACAUGAGGCAUUAUGAUCUGAACCUGCCCAACACCUUGGGGCUCUGCGUGGCAGUACGCAGAGUCAAUGACAGACUCAACUGCAUCCUUGAGGGCAUUGUGUCUCACCGUGAACGCCCUGGAAACAGUUCCCUUGAUGACUUGGACGUCGCUUUUAUGGAUAACCUGUCUAUUUCAAAUCCAUAUUACUGGAUCUAUAUGCCCAUGAAUAGGGGCGAACGUGUGUCUGAGAUGUGGGUUCGAUACAAGCUAGUCCCCAUGGAUCCAUCUAUUGAUGCUGAGACCUGGGGUUGGGAGGAAAUCUUUCGGGGAGUUGUCUUAUUUACCAAUCAUGGGCGAUCCCGCGUCUUUGGCACCUUUGGAGACGAGGAGAAUAUCAGGUGGAGGCGCAUUGCUUACAUGCACCCGAACCUACCAUGCCGUAUAUAUUUCGAGCAAAGGAGCCUGAAACGACAAAAUAGGAAAUUCAAAUAUCCGGAUGAUUUUCCAAUGUUUGGGCGUGAUCAACUGCUCUUUGCAAUCGGGGGUGAUAAUAUCGAUGGCAUGGCGCCUGUGAUGGUUGCAGAAGACGACAGUAACCCGCCACCAAUGCCAUCUCGUCCUUCCAUCAGCCCGAGCAGAGAUAAUUCCCUAUUGGAUAGCUUUGUGUGGCAGUGGCUCUACACCUCAUGCUCUCUCGAGAACAUUGUCGAGUUGCAGCUCUGCAUAGAUCGCCGCACGGCAACUUCGCCGGCACCGGUUGUCAUGGGCAUGGUCGUCUGCUACGCCGAUGGCGGUCGUGCCUGCGUAGGCCAGUUCCGACCAGACUGGGUGCAGCUCCCGACCUUGCACGUAAGCAGUCGGGACACGUUGCACUUUUAUCAGAAAAGAGUCGUGGGGGAAAGCCUUGGCCGGCUUUCAUGCAUCACCAAUGUGCCACCGUCCGAGGUUGGCGUGGGAGAAGGCGAGGAGUUGAUAACUCUGUCGCAGCAUGGGACUUUGGAAUGGUGGUUUAGAAAGGAUCGGAACUUUCUGGUUCAUGACCUACACGGUCUCAAUGGAGACGCACGGAAAACAUGGACGGACCCCGACAGCGGGAACUUUUGGCUGGAAGACUUCCUCCCCGAGAGGGUCAAGACGGCUAGAAUCAUGACUUUUGGCUAUGACUCCAAAUUGGCAUUCAGCAAGUCAAAGGCGGGAGUUGAGACAUUCUCUGGAGAACUCCUCAACAAGCUGAGGCUAUUGCGGAUAAGAAACAAGGCCUUGAUCAUGGCGUACAUGGAGCAUGUCAACUAUGGUGACAUCUUGGACUCGACAAUCGGCAUUGUCUUCAUGGGAACACCUCACCGAGGAUCGGACCUGGCGUCCUGGGGACUAAUACUCACCAGCCUCGUCAACACCGCCACCCUCGGGACAGGCAUCAACAAGGAGCUGCUCAAGACCCUCAAAGCGGACUCGGAUAUGCUCGCUGGGAUCUCCAGGCAGUUUGUGCACCGUGCAACAUGCUUGAAGAUCAGGACUUUUACGGAGCAACAGGUUGAAAGGCCCCUGACGACUCUGGUUGUUCCAGAGAGCUCUGCCAUCAUUGGCCUGCCCAACGAGAUUGUGCUGCCUCUAAAUGCGAACCAUCGCAGCAUGUGCCGAUUCGGAUCUUCUGAUAGCGACAAUUACAAGAUUGUUGAGGAGACUAUCAUGGAGAUUUUGUCAAGUUACCACUAUGCAUCGCCCAGCCUCUUUUCACAGCCAGGUACUUUGUUGGGAAAUACAGAAGGUCAAUUAUCCUCUGUAACACCAAUGUCAAGCCUGCAAACGACGGCAAAGCUUGUGACUCGAUCGUUUGCUGGCAAGAGCAUUGGCGUUGCUAGUCCAGUUGAGUCUCAUACACAUGCGCCAGUCGCUCUUAGCACAAACUCCUUUGCUAGCCCCCAACAAACCCCUGCAGGUAUACCACGAUCCCUUGAGGCUAGCUAUUCUUCAGUAUUAGCAAAUACAGAAUCAGCAGAGGAGUCACAGGUUCAGUAUCAUGGAGUUAAAAGGAAGUCCACGUCAACAGAUUUGUCUACGCCAAAGCCAAACGAUGUCGUCAUCCGAAUCCAAAGGCUCAAGAAAAAGCUUACACCAGAGACCUACGGAGAGGAGGAGUUUUUUCAUGACUUUUGCCUCCCAGGAGAUAUGCUGGUGGAGAAUAUUGGCAAGGAAAUCAUAAAUGAAAUUCCAGAUCUAAAAAAAAUCAAAAAGUUCACUGCUCAUUGCGGUAGACGCGUACCAAUCGAGCAUACCUGGUAUGACAAGUUCACGAGCCGCGUCGAGGUUACAUGCGGGCGGUCCUGCGCCAACCCGAAGAAGGGUUUCAAGAUAAACAUUGACCAGCCGAUAGCAGCCUUCUUCAGCAGAGCUUUCCCCAGACCACUACAAGCUGUGAGGAAGGCCGGUUUGCCAAACACUGCGCCAGCUGUAGACCGCUCGCGUGUCACCGAUAUCAAACAGUCCAAAGUUGUUGUCGGCCUUGGCGAUUCAGAACCCACCGUGUUGUCGGACACAAUUGCGCUUGGUCGAGAUAUCAACCAACCUGAUCUUGCGAUAUCAUUUAUGCGCACUGCUCGACUUCCUUGGUGUGAUGAGACAUAUCAUCUACCUCCGGCCACGGGGUUCUUCCCUUUGUUUGAUGUGCAGAUGUUUGAAGAUAGAAUGCCGAGUUCGAUGGCAGCUCAAGGUGGCAUCUUCAUGCCCAUGUAUCAAAUGGAAGCCAUGUGGAUCAACUUCAUCAGAGCCGGACCGAACACGUCGACGAAGUUCGCCGUGCGGCCCUUUGUCGGUGGCAUCAACACCAUUUCCGGCCAGCCUCUCCACUGCGCCACGAUGGACACUAUCUUGCCCAAGAAAAGGAUUCUGGCCAAGAAUCAGGACUAUCUUGUGUCUCCGAGCCAGAAGAGACUGGAUGGCACCUCGGUCGAGCCUGGAGUUGUGCGGCAGUUCGUAGCUACAGAGAUGGUUUUGGCUUCGCGGAAGAAUUACUCGACGGCAGAGGAUGACGCGAACAAAGGCGGCGACGGAGAUGAACAGAUCCCUGCCGGUGCAUCUGUCGAGUGGCAAGUGAAGGGACACGACGAGUUUGGCGGUUUGCAGCUCCAAGUAAUCCCGGCGCACGAUGUCAGAAGCAUGCAUGCUGGCUCCGUGGAGAAUGAUCUCUACUUGAGGGGGAAGGUUUCAAGGCGAUAUGAUGUUCUCAAGACACCUAGAGAGCAGGGCUUAGUCGCCGGAGAUGCCAUCCACAUCAAGGACAUGAAGAAACUUCUUCCUCCCAGGAAGAAAACGCUGUCAGACCUUGUUCAUGAGCUCCCAUCGAACGAGCCUCAAGUUACGCAGGAGCAUCAGGAUGGGCCGGUAGGUGGAGUCAGGCCGAUUCUUGAGAUUGAGGCCGACGUGCCCGAAGCUAUAGCAUUCGACAUAAAAGACCAUGGAGACGAUGGCAACGUGUUAAGAUUGCAGUUUGACAUGAACGAGAAUUUCCAAAGGGUUGGGGCCGUGAUUGUAAGCAAAAUGAAUUACAAAAACAGGGCUGGACUUCUCCUCUGCGUCUGGCGAAGAGAAAACACGAAGCCUGGCAUCCUCCGCGUUCAAACUUGGAGCGAUGUACGAAGAGGAACUCCUCGAACUGAGCCGGACACAGCACAGACCUCAACAAACAAGGUCAUGGACAUGAUAACCAUGCCGAUCGGGUCCAUGCCCGAAAGCGAUUACAUCUGCGAGGUCACUACAGCAAGCUUGUACGCCUGGAACGCAGCGGUCAUGCCGCAACCCAAAUUUUGCAUUAUCAUGAACUCCGAAAGCACCAUAGGCCACUUACGAAGCGAGGUCCAGAGUUUCCUGGGCGUUUGCGUAGCCGGCACCGCUUUUACCGUCACAGGGGCCUCGGGGGUUUCGGAAAUACUGAAUGACGAGAUGACGCUCAAGAUGGCCGAGCCGGAAGUUCAUGAAUAUGUGAUCAGAUGCCGCGGCCCGAACUUCUUUGGCAACAUAAUAUUUCUCGCUGGUCCCGGAAUAGACAGUGUCAAGGCUUUCACCAUCGCCAGAGAUUAUCCACGUGGUACUGCAUCUAGUUUUAGAGACGUCCUGUCACAUCCAACUGGUGCCUUGGUACCCCCAUCCCGACGCUCUUAUCCUCACUCUGUCCAAAAAGCUAGGCACUCCAUUAAUGAGUGUUUAGGACCAAUGGGAUUGAGAUUUGCACCUGUCUCAUCACACUGGGAUUCGUCACAACCCAGUCUUGAAAAGACUAUCGUAGUCCAGCACGAGGACUCUGUUUACAGAGUUGCAGUACCUCGAGAAUAUAUGGGUAAACAGCUGUCUUCUGUCAAGGUCCGGCUACUCGCAUUGACAGGGAUACAGCUCCGAAACCAACUGCUGUGGUGGAAAGACGAGCCUCUGGCAGAUACAUACCCGGUCCGUGCCUUGAUUGGAGAAACAAUCAACCUCGAAAUCCAGCCACCGACAACUCCAGAGGCUUUAGGGAUUGGAGCCGGCGGCAAGAUCGAACAGCACAUCGAGCCCGACUAUGAGAAUCCCCGGGUGUGGGAUGUAGGCAGCUCCAAGAUUCUGAACGUGCAGCUGCUGGACUCGCACACCUUCAAGAUGGUCACGGGCCAGGACCCGCCGCCGACGCCUCUGAGUCCGGAAAAGUACGCCGAGCUGGGUCUGGUGUUUGAGAAGGCGUGGAGGGAUGAGCUGAAGGGUCCUGGCGUCUCGGGGAUGGCAGAGGAUGGAACCUGGGGUGGCGUGUCGUCGCUACAAGGGCCGCUGGAGGUUGCUGCGAGGAAUGCCGGGCUGCAGAUACCGGCCACGGGGGAAUAUGACAACGGCGAGGGUUCUAGCGCUGGCCCUGGUCUUUCUGCAUUGCAUGGCGGGUUCUUUGAGACGACCGCAAACUUUCCAGUCCUGCUCGAGGAUGUGGAUGAUACAGUGGCACAGUUCAAAAGUGCGAUGGAGGCUAAUCUCGAAGAUAAUUGGUCGGACUGAGGGACGGGGAGGUUCAAG